AUGGGAAGUCUGUUGCCAGAAGGUAUAGGGAUGGGAAGUCUGUUGCCAGAAGGUAUAGGGAUGAGAAGUCUGUUGCCAGAAGGUAUAGGGAUGGGAAGUCUGUUGCUAGAAGGUAUAGGGAUGGGAAGUCUGUUGCCAGAAGGUAUAGGGAUGGGAAGUCUGUUGCCAGAAGGUAUAGGGAUGGGAAGUCUGUUGCCAGAAGGAAUAGGAAUAGGGAUGGGAAGUCUGUUGCCAGAAGGUAUAGGGAUGGGAAGUCUGUUGCCAGAAGGUAUAGGGAUGGGAAGUCUGUUGCUAGAAGGUAUAGGGAUGGGAAGUCUGUUGCCAGAAGGUAUAGGGAUGGGAAGUCUGUUGCCAGAAGGUAUAGGGAUGGGAAGUCUGUUGCCAGAAGGAAUAGGAAUAGGGAUGGGAAGUCUGUUGCCAGAAGGUAUAGGGAUGGGAAGUCUGUUGCCAGAAGGUAUAGGGAUGGGAAGUCUGUUGCCAGAAGGUAUAGGGAUGGGAAGUCUGUUGCUAGAAGGUAUAGGGAUGGGAAGUUUGUUGCCAGAAGUCUCCUGGCUGUCCACUGUCCACGGGAUGACCGUCUUAGCUGAUGACGUCACUGUGAUAAUAUCAGAUGGAGGAUACGAGUGUAAAGGUUCCUGGGUGGCGGUGACAGGCGGGUCCGCCAUUCCUAGGCCUGUCUGUUUUCCUCCCAAUCUGCCUGAAUCAGGCCAUGCGCCUGGUGACGACCAUUCGUCUACAGCCAAAUGUCCUCAAGACGUGGUCAUGCGUUUCUCCUUGAUGUAUCAUACCAGCAGCUUGUUCUUCCUGUUGUAG